UCAACUUGACUGUCAUCAACAUCGGAACCUAAUAUAAAUUUUUAUCUUUCAAUUCUUUUUUUUACACUUAUAUGCCUACUUAAUAAAGUGUAUUUACAAAAGAAAAAUAAUGAAUAAUAUUUAUUAAUGCAAAAUUUUAUAAAACAUGACUCUUUAUAUUGAUACCAAGUUAACUUUUACUGAUAAUAAUGUAGUAUCAACAGUAGGAUCUUGGCAUCCCUCUUUGCCUCUUUUAGCUGUAGGUUCUUACAGUCAAGAAAAAGGAGGAUUUGUAACAAUAUUUCAUGAAAAUGGACUUCCACUGGAAGGUUGUGAGUGGCCUAUAUUGUUAUCUAAUCAAGUAACAGCUCUUGCAUGGCAUCCUACGAGAAGAUUACUAGUAGUGGGUUGGGAUGGUGGUGAACUGUACAUUUGGCUGGAAUACUCAUGGGCAAGAUUGGAAGCUCCUCAUAAUGCUGCCCUUACCACAGUGGCAUUCAGUCUCGGAGGGGGCCGCCUCCUUGCAUCUGAUACUGCUGGCUCUCUCUCUGGUUGGCAAUCAGCUUCUGGUGCUCCACUUACUUCCUUUCACCAUCAGUUAGGUGAUGUCAUUACUCAUGUUACAUUCUGUUCUCCUCGUCCAAACAGUGAGUCCUCAAUUAGAGGACUCGCCCGGGCAGCAGUAGCUGGUGAUGAAAAUGCACUAGAUGCUCUGGCAGCUUGGCGUCCCCGCACGACUGCUAGAAUAAAAGAAGGCAGCCAACCUGAUAAUCAUGCCUGUUAUGCUGCUCAAGAUAAUGGUGUAAUAUUAUAUAUUGACCACACAGGAGCAUGUUCUGAAGUUCUCAAUGCUUCUGGAAAUAUAAUAUUUAUGGGAGUCAUCAGUAACAUUUAUCUUCUUGUUGCCUGGGAAUCAGGAGGGGCUCUUAGCUUAACUAGGUUAUUUACUGCAGAUGAUGGCUCUUUAACAACAGAUACCCAUGUAAGAAUGGCAGCUAGGAAUGGUCAAUGCAUUGUCCUUGCUGGAAAUUACAAUGUGGCUGUUAUAACUGGGGACAAUUUAAUCCGUGUUUGGGAUAGUGAAACUGGGGAUAAUGACGCUUUGCCAAAUGAAAAAGAAGAAAUUGCAACAGGAGAUAUCUUUACGAGUAUUAAUUAUUGCAAUUUAAGUGACACUCUCUGUUGUGGUACUUCCCAAGGACAUUUGUAUCUAUGGAGGCGUGAUCACAGAAACCAAUGGAAACUCAUUAGUAGCACAACUGUUAAAGGAACAGUAAAGGAAGUCAGCUGGGGUUCUGAGGGCUUGAUGAAUCCUUUAUUAUAUGUAAAUUGUAUAACUAGUGCAUAUAUUCUUCGUGAGCAACCUGUCUCGUGGGGAUAUUCACCCAAUGUGUGGAUGGUACAAAAGUCUGCUAAUGAACUGGCUAUUUGUAAUAAAAAUAAUUUUACAUCUACUAUAAAUACAUCAGUCACAGUAAGAGCUUUUGCUUUUAAAGAUCAAUAUGUGGCUUUAGGUGAUGGGAAAGAAGUACAGAUAUGGAUGUGCAGUAAAGAUAAUGAAAUAAAUUUUUCUCUUAUAAGAACAUUUUCAUGGAAAACGGAUGUUCUUAUUAUUUAUAAUGACAUCCUUGUGGGAGUUGUUAACCCUCACAUUGAAUGUUACACAAUAACAGGCAAUAGCUUAGGUAUCUUACCUAGUACAGAAGGAGAAGGGGAACCAAUCGGAAUUACGAACACCAGUAGGUUUAUUGUUAUUGCUACAAUGGAUGGAACACUAAAACUAGCAGAAAUAACAAAGAAAGGACUUCGAAUGCCAUAUCCUCCUAAAAAUUGCUACCAAAUGAUUGAAGAUUUUGGAGAGGUAAUGAGAGCAUCUGUUAAUUCCACUGGUCGAUACAUUUGCUUAAGUAUUGCUAAUGCCGGAUUGGCCCCAGAUCCUCGGCUUUAUUUAUGGGAUGUGGCAAACGAUGUUAUAUCAAAUACUCUAGUUAGCAAUGAGAAUUCAACUCCUCCGUAUCAGAGUGUUCCUAUAGCUAUACUAUGGGACAAUAAUGAUUCUAGACUCGUUGCUGUUCACAUGAGGUCAGCUGAUAUAGAUAGAAUCCAUUUGUUUAUUUGUCAUGAAGGUAAGCUUUAUGAAUACAAAAAUUGGUGUUCUUCUUCAGAGGUAAAUUUUACAACUGAUUUUAUGCUAUGUUCUUUAUACACUCCGCAUUUAAUAAUACUUUCUCAACAAAAUCUUAAAAAAAUUUUAAUGCGUGAAUUUGAAGAUAUCCCUGAUUAUGAUCCUUCAAAUAUAAGACAAGUAUUAGAUUUUCUUUACUACAUGACUACUGGCCAUUUAGAGAAAGCAGUUGUGAUAGGUUCAAGCAUAUCAGGUGGUAAAAAUACAGUUAUAUGGGAUAGUUUAGCAAAGGAAUGCGUAUCGCGUAAGCGACCUGAUGUUGGUGCAGUAUGUUUGAGCAAAAUGGGUAAUAUUAAAGGUGCCCUUAUGUUGCGUAAAGCCAUGAACGCUGACGAUAUCGAUGACUCCUGCAAAAUAGGCAUACUUGCUGUUAAUCUCGAUAUGAUAGAUGAAGCAGAAAGUCUUUUCCGAGAAGCAGAGAGGCCAGAUUUAAUUACUCGUCUCAUAUCAGCUAAAGAGGGCGGAUUAAACGACAUAACAAAUGGAGCAAACGAAGGAGAAAAUAUCUUACUUAUAAAAAGUGCUCAACAUAAAUUGGCCAAGGUUCUUUGGUCUAAUGGGGAAACUGGCGCGGCUUUAAAGUUAUUUGAAGCUGCAGGCACUCUUGUACCGCAUGUACCGCGAAAUCUUAUAGCUCAAGGCCAAGCUCCCAUAUUAGCACAAUAUGUAUCGAAAUCAAAUGAUGUUAGUUUAAUAACGUGGUGGGGUCAUUAUCUAGAAAGUAUUGGCGAUCUUGAUGGCGCUCUGGAGGCUUAUGCUCGCGCAAACGAUUUUGGCGAACAGACCAGACUAUUAUGUCACAUGGACAGAAUAGAUGAAGCUGAGAAAUUAUGUCACAUGAAUUCUUCUUCUUUAUAUCAAAUGGCACGCUAUCUAGAAAUGCAACCAGAUAAAACUGAGAAUGCAGUUAAGAUGUACAUUAAAUGUGGUGCAAUAUCGUCAGCAAUCCGCGUCGCAGCUGAAGCAAGUGCUUGGAAUCUUGUUUGGCGGGCAGGAUCCGUUUCCUCUACGCAUGCCCUUCAUGCGGCUUCGAUUUUAGAAAACGCUGGUCAAAAUGAACAAGCAAUUACUUUGUAUCAAAAAGCAGGGAAACCGCACAUGGCAUUGAAAUUAGCUGUAAGUAGUGGAGACACAAAUGCUAUGAUUGCGGCAGUAGAGUCGCUGGGUGACCGUGUAGAUCCAGAAGUCGCACAUACGCUUGCAUCACAUCUCAAAAAAGCAGACCACCAUUCACACGCUGCUGCUUUGUUAGCAACGGCUGGAAAUUAUGAGGAAGCAUUAGACAUAAUGGAACAAUCAUCGGCACCGUUAUCGGAAGAGUUGAGCGAGCGGUUGGCAGCGCCAGCGGGCACAAGCGGUCGCGAUGCACUACUGCGCCGCCUAGCGGACGUUCUCGGCGCGCGAGGCCUCUACCAUCAGGCCGCUAAACGACUCGCUCAUGCAGGAGAUAAGGCAGGUGCGAUGCGUUGGUUGAUGCGGUCGGGCGAUGUGGAUCGUAUCGCGGUAUUCGCUGCGGCUGCUCGUGACCGCGGCGCGCAGCUGAUGGCGGCCGAUUACCUGCGGCGACGUGCGGAUUGGCGCGCACGGCCGGAUCUCGCACGACACAUUCUGCACUUUUACACCAGGGCCCGCGCUUAUGGAAAGCUGGCCGCUUUCUACGCCGACUGCGCCAAGAUGGAAGUUGAUGAAUACGAUAAUUAUGAAAAAGCGCUAGAAGCUCUUAAGGAAGCUGCCAAAUGCUUAGCAAAGUCAUCAGACCCUGAAUCAGGAGCGCAAACGGUCGCAAUUCAAGAACAAAGCACGUUGGUUAAAAGAUUCUUAGAUGUGAAGAAGACUUUGGAGGCUGGUGAAAUUAAUACUGGUGUGACAAGUGGACAACAAUUACUCCGCGCGCUAUCCGGUCGAUCUGGACUGAUCACCGAAGUGAAAGUACUUAAGUUACUCCUACAGUUCGCUGCUACUCAUCCAGAUGCCACAAAAUUUGAAGAACAGUUAAGAGCAUUACAAAAACGACCUGAAGAAGAAAAUAACUCCACUGAUUCUCCUGAACAAAGUAUAGAAGAAAUAAUAUAAAUCAUUUAUGUACCUGCAAUAUUUAAAUGAUUAUAGUGAUGUAAUGCUAAGAGACGAUGUUCGCGUACAGUGCCUUGCUGUGGGAGAAGUCUAUGUGUAGCAGUAGACUGCUUAGGAUAAUUAUAAUGACGUAAAGAAUAACAAUGUAAAUACUGGCGUCGGUUCUUCUCUAAACCUAUCUCUAAAAUUUAAAUUUCAACUUGAUAUCACAGCAAUAUUUGUAUACUAAGAACUAACUAAUAUGAACUAAAUUUCUAAUAGAUUUAAGGCAGAUUAUUAUAAAUUAAGUCUAUAAUGGUCUAUUAAAUGGUAAUUUCGCGAAAGCAUUAAAGUACUAGGUUAAGAGAUAAGUUUAGAGAAAUUAUGCCUCAGAAUUCGACCCCACUCUCACAAGUUGUAAUAUUGCCAAUACGUUAUUAUCAGUAUUGCCAGCAUUUACAUUAAAUAUUUAUCAAUGUAAAUGCGUAUGUAUAUAUAUAUAUAUAUAUAGUUACAUAUGUGUAAUAAACUAAUUAUCUGUUUCGUCCAUCUUCAUUAUUGAUUAAAUGUUUCAUCACAA